CGACGACAGUCAUCGACAGAAAGGGAAAUGACUUUUUGACAACAGAGGAACGAGUAACCGAUUUCGUGGUGUGCCGUUAUCGCGCUGGCCGAUACGAAUUCGAGCGGCGUCUGCAAACGCGGUCCACGCGAGUUCACAAACGAUGCUCGAUGAAAGAGAACGCUCUGAUGUCCAAUCGAUCGCUGUGAAUCGUAAUAAUGAACGACUGCAGCGAGUGCUUCUUUAGAACGUUACACGCGAAGGAGCAGCGUCGAAUGGCCUUAUUCCUUACAUGACGAUUAUUGUUACGACUAUACUUAUUAUGGAACGUUUAGAAGAUUAGAGCUACCGAAUGCGGCUUUUAAUGGCAUUAUAAUAUAUAUAUAUAUAUAAAUAUAUAUAGUACACUAAAUGCUCCAAAAGUUAACAUGAACUGUUGAAGGAGUUUAUAUUUAUGCAAGCUUCGUGAACUUAUCUGAGGUAAUCGAAUCGAUCAGGAUGGGGUCGGAACAAAGCUCUCAAGGCGGUGCACAAAACACUGGCUCAGGUAGGACCAGAGGUGCUCCAUUGAGGCGUGGUAAAAGCGUACCGAAUCGCGAGAGAGUGCCGGAGGACACUCCCCCCAGGUGCAUCAGCCCUGGUGCCAGCAUUUGUUCGGAUUCCGACCUACCAUAUAUAUCUUACACGGUGAACAGACCCAUCGGGGACUCGCCAAAGAUGACUAACAAACAAUCACAACUGUACAGAGGCAAGAGUUUAGGUGCACAGGAUAUAUCUAGACGUAAGAAUAGCUUAGGAUCUAGCAGUUACAGGAAAUCUACCUCUGAUAAAAUUCACAACAUAGUAGUAGUGAAACCAGCUGUUGCAGACCCUUCAGCCGACAAGGAUCCCGAUUUGGUCAAGUUACAAAGUAUCCCCAUGUUCCUACCCAUUAUGCGUGGUACUCUGAAUUUGCCACCCGGCGUUAGAGACCCCGAAGUCCUGGAGAGACUGGAUCCCAUUGGUCUGUUCAAUCUGUGCGCACGCUAUCAACAUCACCUUAAUAACAAUGCUCAAAUGAUUGCCGGGGAGCAAGCUACUCUCUGCAUCAAUAUAGAACCCGAAGUUACCAAAAUGUUCAAUCUGGCGACGGAGAGGCAAAAGAAGUUUGCCAAGUUUGCCGAACAACUGAACAAAGUACACGAGCUUAGCAAGCAAUUAACCAAGUGUCAUUCUCUCCUGAAUCAAACCCUGGAGAGCCUGGAUACAUUGAACAACCUUCUACCUAUAGAAGAGAGACUGGAACCAUUUGUAUGGACUACCGGAUAAAUUGUUGAAGGUAUCAAAGAGGUAGCUCUAGAAGCUAUAUUGUAUUCAAAAGUACAUUUGCACUGGUGCUAACACAAUUUGGAUCUACCUGUUAGAGUAUUCUUCUAGUAUUUUUCUUUUAUUGUUCGGUACAAGUCUGUAUUAACAACCCUUACCCUAAGACUUCUAGUACCUACACGCAUCUUGCACAGAAAGCUCUUCUAUAAAAACCUACUCUAUAUAUAAAUAUAUAUAUAUAUAAAUAUAUAUGUCUAUUUUCAUGUUAAUCCUAUGAUUGUAUUGUAAAAAAAAGGAAAAAGAAUAUGAUGUUUAAUUUCAAAAAUACAUACAAUUUCCUAUCAUUAAAAAA